GACUUCUCCGGAAGCUUUCCACCAAGUUUGCAAAAGCGCAAAAGCAGCCAGGCAGCCCACCCUCUCCUCUCCUCUCCUCUCCUCUCCUUUAAAAGUGAUAGCAGCCUUGCAGCCAACGCAGGCACAAGGUCCCGCUGCGCAAAGUAAAAGAGCAAUCCAGGACGAGGUCUGCACUUUCAGAUAGACAGAAAAAAAGGGGGGGGAAAUGAAGUUAUUUGUCAUUGAUCUAUUAUUCCUGUGCAUAUCUUGCGGAGCAAGUGCACUGGCAACGAGCUUUCCCACCGCGUCCACGCCAGACGCCAACUUCACCCAUCUCGGUGCAGCGCGCGGCCACGGAACCGACACCAGGACCAUCUCCAAAAGCAGGAGGAAGCGUUACAUUAGUCAGAACGACAUGCUCGCCAUCCUCGAUUACCACAACAAAGUCAGAGGGAAGGUGUUUCCCCCAGCAUCCAACAUGGAAUACAUGGUGUGGGACGACACUCUGGCGAAGACGUCCGAGGACUGGGCCCACGCCUGCCUGUGGGAGCACGGGCCGCCUCACCUCCUCAGGUUCCUGGGUCAAAACCUCUCCGUCAGGACAGGACGCUAUCGCUCCAUUCUUCAGCUGGUGAAGCCGUGGUACGACGAGGUCAAAGAUUACUCUUUCCCAUAUCCCCGUGACUGCAACCCCCGCUGCCCUCUCAGAUGCUACGGACCCAUGUGCACCCAUUAUACACAGAUGGUGUGGGCAACAUCCAAUAAAGUUGGCUGUGCGGUGCACACAUGCCACAAUAUGAAUGUGUGGGGUUCAGUAUGGAAGCGGGCGACAUAUUUAGUGUGCAACUAUUCGCCCAAGGGUAACUGGAUCGGAGAAGCUCCCUACAAAGUGGGCGUGCCCUGCUCCGCCUGCCCCCCCAGCUACGGGGGCUCCUGCAGCAACAACAUGUGCUUCCCCGCCCUCAAGACAAACUACCUGCACUGGUUCAAAUAAGCACAGGUUUUUCUCGUCUUGACAUAAGCUGACAAACCCACAGUGCCACAGAGACACUGUUUUCAAUCCCGCCGGGGGGAUUUGCACAACAGCCGCGGACCACACUAUUUUGUAUAUACGGGGCUUAUUUAAAGACACAAACGUACAUUUGAAGGCAGCAGACAAUUUAGCGGUGGUGACUUUGUAAAUAGACUUGUAAAUUAAUUUGUCGCUGUUUUUGACUGAUGAAAAAUAAUUUAUGUGUAAAAAGGGUCCUUCAACGCAGUAUAUUCUGUAUGUGGUGCUGCAUACACCGUUGUGUUUCUUUUACUAGACUUGUUUACCAUUGAACAAUGUAGGUAAUUAAGGACAUAAACACGACCAUAGCUGCUCAUACCUGCUCACUUUGGUGCUACGGGCAUCGCACCUCCAUGCUGUGUGCUCUGCCCUCACAGGAAUGCUGUGAUGUACAGAUCAAAGCUUUUGACCUCCGAGGGAAAACAUACACUGGUGCUUGUCAGCGCAGUAGCUGCUGUUUGACCCUGCACGAGGUUACGCGCUUCAUGCUCGAGUUGAACGCAUUUUCCGUUCCUACCCUGGAACAAAUUGGCGAAGCGUUGGUUUGACGAGCGUGCACUUAUACACUGUAACCCGAAAAAGCACACAGCAGCCGCAAGGACAAGGAAUAUAGACAGGGACGUCUUUUAUUUCACACACAUCAAACUUUCCGACACCAUGAUUUUUCAUUUACACAGUGCAUUUGAAGUUUUAGUCUGCACUGAUUAGGUCGUGUUGCAUUUCAGACAUUUCAUCCCUCGGGGCCUUUGACUGGUUAAAUCGAUACUUCAUAUAAAAUGUAUGCUAGAGAGAAGGAGAGCGCACAUAAAAUACAUCUGACCCACAUAUCUCGUCUAUACUCAUAUUCGUUUUAAUGAUCUUUUCACUGAUGUCGUAGCCAUGGUUUUUGCAGUUAGGCACCUUAAUUGUUUGUAGGUUUCCAAAAAUACCAGGAAAUUAUUGUUGUUGUUGUUGUUUUGUACAUGUAAAAAAAAUCAUUAGACCUUGACUAUCCUUAAACUUCCAAGUACUCUAUAAGUUAUUCAUUUUUAUAUGGGGAAAUAUUUAAUAGAUAUUCAUUUUGUUUGUUGUUUUGUAAAAGGAUUGUACAUAUAUCUAUUCAAUUUAAAAGGUACCGAAUAUGGUUAAUUUGCAUGACAAAACCUUUGUAAUGGUGAAGGAAAAUUUACCGAGGUGUAAGCGAACUUGGUAGAUCUUUAUGAACAAAGCACUAGCACAAUAUUGGCAAGUUAUUGCUUCGACCUUUUUAAAUCAGAAUAGUUCUUCUCAGUCCUAUACUGCUCGGAGAGGGACUCGAGCACAAACCUGUCGUGUAAUGAAAACAUGUUCAAGAAUAAGCAAAAAUGUUGACUUUGGUUAAAAAAAGAAAUGCAUCACGAAACAAGAAAUUAACAUUUUCCGCACUGACUGUAUUUAAAUCAAAAUCAAGUGAACU